GAGGCUUCUUGCCUUUCGAGAUCGCAGCACCAAGGAAGGCGCAAUCCAAAUAUUGGACCAUUGUAAGGUGAAUCUGUUUUGUGUUCAACCCCUCUAAUAGCAGCGUUGAACCCCAUGACUCAAUGACCCAUUGUCAACUACGUGCCCUAAUUCGUCUGCUGAAAAGAUUACAUCCCAUCCCCCGACUCGAUUCAUCCCCACAAGACGACUACUUUCGAGGCCAGCAAAUGGUAGGUCAAAAGAACCACCGAACUCGAUACAAGCACCGCUUCGGACAACUUAAAGCUCUAUCUGCAAUCACCUUCAUCUCCAUAAUUCUGUUCAUCUACCUUCGGAGAUCCUAAACACCAAAAUUGUGGCAAGAUGUGCUGGCCCUGCGAUGAUAUCGUCGUCGAAGAGCAGCCAAAGAAGAAGAAAAACAAUGUAAGUGUUGCUAUUUCUUCGAUCUGAAUCCCUCUGCCUUUGUUCUUGCUCCUGUG